GCUUGUUGAGAUGAGCGGCCUGCUCUUUUCAGGUUUGUUCUGAUCUUCGAAUGAAUUCUCGUACUUGCUUGGCACUGGCUGAGUUGUCUGCAGGCCUCCCCUAGCUGCUGUUCAUUCUUUAUCAUUUCUUAAUGGAAGUGCUUCAUUACAUUUUAUAUUCAUUACCACAAAUAUUCCAGCCAUAUGUUUUCUGGGUCUUUUUUUUUUCCAUAAGGGGACGCAAAGAGCAGAAGGCUAUCCCAGCAACACUGGAUGUAAAGCAAUAAACAACACUGCUUGGGAUGCCAAGGUAUAAAGAGUACCUGUUUGAAACUGGAAUACCCAAGACCACCCACUGUCCUAGCAAGGAGCCAGCAAAAUGAAAGCAAGUCUCUUCCUUUGCACCCUUCUCCUAAUGCCUCCACCCCUGCCAACAAAUAAAAGCUGUAAAAGUGACAAGGACCCUGACAACAGAGCUAGAGUGACCUGUGAAAAGGGUGGGUUAACAGCAGUGCCCAGCUCCCUGCCAGACACCACAGAGGUCCUGAUCCUACAUUUCAACAGUUUCACCACCAUUUCUUGGGAGGCGUUUGCUGGCUUUCCUCAGCUGUUCGAGCUGGACCUUUCCCAUAAUCAUAUUAGUUUAUUGGAGAAGGGGAAUCCUCCAUUUGCUGGGCCCGGUGAUGGUGGGGUCAGCUCUUGGAAUCUUGGAAAGCUUGCCAAACUACACUUGGUUAACAACAGCAUCUCCACCUUGGCUGAAGAUAUCUUCCAGCCAUUCCCAAACCUGAUGGAACUCUUCCUCUCAGGCAACAAAAUUAAGAUAUUCCCAGAGCAGAUCUUUAAUGGUUUGAAUAAGCUGGAAAAGUUGGACAUCUCCUCCAAUUCAAUUAAGGUUCUGCCAGCUGAUCUAAUCAAUCAUUUACCAAAGCUAAAACACUUUGAUGUGCAAGACAACCAAAUGCAAUUCCUCCCUGAUGGUUUCUUCCCAGAUCGGGAAAUUCCCUAUGCAUUCCUGGGAAGAAACCCCUGGUUCUGCAACUGUAAGAUGGAGUACUUAAGAAAUUGGGUGGAAGAACAGUCCCAUAACAUUUACAUGUUAACUAAUGGCACGAUUGAAAAUAGCCCCGAGAGUGUGGUCUGCUUUGGACCAGCACGUUUACAAAAGCAUGAAGUACAGAAUUUGGAGAAUAGUGACAUCUGUCCAGCUGAUGGCAUAGUAGAAACAUUUGCCACUACUACACAGUUCCUUACAACAUUUGAAACUUCUUCGUUCAUUCCAAAUUUAACAACUGAAAUAAAAACGAUGAGGACUGACACCACUAGUAUCACUAUGGCACCUUCUUCCUCAGCGACCUCCUCUAGCAUGUCUACUUUGAGACAUGUCACCAGUACCUUGAUACAAACUACUUCUUUAGUACCAUCAGAAGAGACUUCCCAACCUACCACCAGUGAUUUUUUGCCAUCCUCUAUGGCCACAUCAGCUCCUUCACAGGAGACCUCCUUCUCCACCGUUGCUUCCCUACACCCAAUCCAUACCACAAAAUCAGGAUUCCUAGUAGAAACCUCCCAGUAUCCUGUUACCACCAUGGUAACUGUCCUUUCUGGUGUCAUGAACACCACUGAGCUAGACUAUAUCUGGGAUAUUGCAGGAGGUCACCAAGAGAGAAGAGGCACCUCUCACAAUGAAAACCCUGUUGUUCUUUUCUGUCUGCUGCUCUUCAGCUGGUGCUUAGCUUCUUGCCUCCUCCUUAUAGUCUCCACCUGCCUUCUUCUGUACUGGAUAUGGCGGCUGUACUUCAAAUUCUACAGGCCUGCUAAGAAGCUUCUGCUUAAACCACCAAACGUCCGACUGAUCCGGUACAGCACGCUUCUGAGAAACGAAGAAGGAAAGUCCACUUCCUGGUUAAACGACACACUGGAGCACCCAAGGAUAGAGGAGGCAGAUUUUUGUGAACCUGAAGAUCUUUGCUCAUCUAAUGAAGUGGGAAGAAUGUCCUCCAUCAGUCUGGAUGAGGGCCUUGACGGUUCUGCUUUCUAGCUUUGUUGAACUGCAGAAGCACAUGGCUGUUUCGAAACAUCUAGUCUUAUAACUAAUUUUGUGUAUUAUUUUUAAACUUGAUGUUUGAUAUAAUAAAACAGCACACCUCCGCACGCUACAUUGCUGACACUUCAAUAGCAAAGCGAAUGCAGCAUAGCAAUGUCCCAACAGAAUCUGUUGAGCACAUCUACGAAUUCCAGUCUUGAAACACAGCAUUCAUACAAAUUAAUCAGUCCCAUUUUUAUACAAGACAUCGAAUGUAAAGUUCUGAGCUCAGCCCGAGUCCUUCCUCUCAGGUCUUGUGCCUUUCCUUCCUGAUUGGCCGCAUCACAAAUGCGGCAGCAACAAGCCAAGAAGGAAGCUGAAAUUAAGGCUUUGUCAUAAACUGGAAGUGCAGUGAUGGUGCACCACUGAAAGGUUAGGUAGUUAGUUAGUUAGGUAGACUUUAUGAUCCAAAAGAGAAAUUUGUUUGAAGCAGGGAGGUACAAAACUCAGGAAAAGAUACACAGAUACAAGAAAAUAAGCAAAGGCUCAGCAACUACCGACCGGUGUGGUCAUAAGUUCACACACUCAAGAUUAGUCCUUUAACAGGAAACCAAAUAAUCAUUCUGAAUUUAACUUUCAGCAGCAUCCUUACAAGUAGCACAAUUUCAAAUGUUUAUAAACUCUGGGAAUAAAAGAGUUCUUACUGUUCUGUUGCUCUUAACUCUCGGAAACCUAAAUCUGCAGCCAGAUGGCAACAACUGGAAAUUGAAGAAAAGAGGAUGGCGCCUGUCUGACAGAACUGAGUCUGCCUUCUUUCUAACCAGUUUGUGACACGGGUCUGCUGUGAACCAAUAAUUUUACUGCUGAUUUUUACAAUGUUCUUAAUGCUGAAGUUGCAAACCAGCACAUAAAAAGCAAAUGUAAAAACGGAUUCAGUUAAGGGUUAUUAAAAAAGUGGCCGUACAACUUUAUCUACUUUAAAACAGUUGAGUUGCCUAAGAAAGAAAAGCCAAUGUUUUUCCCAUCCUACACAGGUGUUCUGUGUUAAGAUCAAAGUUUAGCCUAUCAGUGAUUGUCCCCCUUCUCCAUUGUGUCCCAUUUAAUUCAAGGUAUAACAGUGGAAAAAGGGCAGCACCAGAGAUCUACAGCCAGCUCCUUGGUCUUAAGACAUAUUUAGCUGUACAAAGGAACAAUCACACCUCUGAAUAAAGUCAUCAACAACAGGCCCAUGGCUGUCCUCCUUGUAGAAGACUGACAAUGAGAGAACCAUCUACACAUUUCAGGAUAUGUCUGUCCUCAUGUGGACUCCUGCAGUUAUUGGUGUAUAAGAUGAGCAGAAGAGGAGAUGGACAGCAACCAUGGGGGGUACCGAGAGAUAUGCUCAGGUUAUUAGAAAAACAGAUAUCAGCACUCCGCUUUGUGUUCUGUUAGCUGAAAAGUCCAGAAUCAACCCCACCAAGUUAGGGUCCGAACAGAACUGAUCAUUCGGUGUAUUAACUAAAAUGUGAUGCUGGAUUGUAUUAAAAGCUGACGAGAAAACUGCAAAUAGCAAUCUUGUGUGGUUUUUUGGUCCUUCCAAGUGCUCAUACAGUAAAGUCAGAAGUAUUGCUGCGGCGUCCUCCACCUUCCUUUUUGCUCACUGUAGGCCAGAGAUUUUGUUAAGCAGGUGUCUCCUAGAAAGACUUUUUAAGUACACGAGAGAUUAGUCACGUAAUGCUUUGGAGUUUGUGGCGUUUUACUAAACGAGUAACACUUGCUUGCUAUCAUAGGUUGGGGACUUCCAGUAAAUCCAGAGACAUCUCAAAUAAGGAGUGGAAUAUUUGAGAGAGCUCCUCUGCACAGGAGGGAAGCAGACAAGGCUUUCUUAUACAGAAGUUGAGCUUAAACAAAGAAAAAAACUAUUUUUACUCUCUGGAAGACACAAUUAACACUUAGAACUGGCAGGAGGUCAAAUGAAGGCAGACAAAUGUAAUAAAAUCCAGAAAAGAAAAGAAAAAAGGAAAACAAACAGCAAAAUGAUUGAAAGUGCACUCCACUUACUCUAUUUUAUCACCUCUGGUCUCAUGUAUGGUUCCGUAUGACUAGAUCUGAACCUGGCCCUGGGUGUCAGUGUGGAGUUUGUCUCCUGUAUCCCAAAGACUUUCAGGUGAGGUUAAUAAGCAACCAAAAACUAACACUGGGUGAGCACCUGCAGCAACAAAUUGAUGCCCAUUCCAGAAUCCGCUCCUGCUUUGUUUCCAGUGCUGUUGGAAUAACUUCUGCCUGUUGUGACACUGCACUGGGCAAAGCAGGUACAAAAAAAAUGGAUGGAUGAAUGGUAAUGUGACCCAAGUAUAACAGAUUGACAGAUAGAACUUUAUUGUCCUCAGGGAGAAAUUUGGCUUUUUACAGAAGUUCUUUAAAAAAAAAAAAAAUAAAAAAAAAAGAUAAAUGAUAGAUAAAUGAAUAUAUUCAUACAAACACACAUACACCCACUAUGGUCAGAACACACAUCUGAAUGUCUAAAAAGGAAGAAAAUUUAAAAAGAAAGAAAACUUCCGAGUUAAAUGUCCCAGUGAGGCAUUAUGCAGGCGUACUGCCAUCCGUAUAAAGGAGCGCCAACAGCAUUUCUUCACACACUUCUGCUGACUAAUUCUUUGGCUGAAAGUACUAAAUGUUAGUGUGUCAGAGAGAGGAUGUGCAGCAAUGUUUAUAAGGACGCUCAGUUUUGUUUUCCUUCUCUCCACUGCUACUACCUGCACAGGGUCCAAAGUGAAGCCCGUAACUGAGCCUGC